AUGACAUUCACGAGAAGUUUCGGUUUUAACCGGAAAUGAUGCAACAAACAUUACGUUUUCUAGAAUUUCUGGAAACCAUUUGUAUUCGCCUUUCAUCAUAUGAUAUGUCAAACUAAUUUAUAUGCGCAAUUAUGUAAAGAACCCGAUUAAGUAAAUAAUCGCAUAUUUUACGAUCUUAUAUACAUUCCAUCAAAAUGUCUUUGAAUACAGCACACGCAAAUGGUGGAGUUCUUAUUUACAAUGGAGAAAUAAUUUUAUUGUAUUGUGAUGGGGUGGAGUUUAUAAUUGAAGGAAAUGAUGUGAAACAGUUUGGAGGUACCAAGAAGGGCAGAAUGUAUCUAACCACUCACAGGAUAAUUUUUAUGAAUAAAUCUGAGAAAGAUGCUCUGCAGUCUUUCAGUUUCCCGUUCUUCUCUUUGUCAGGAGUUGAACUGGAACAACCCCUUUUUGGAGCAAAUUACAUCAAAGGUGCCGUGACUGCCCAAGCUGGAGGAAACUGGACAGGCAGAGCAACAUUUAAGUUGAAGUUUUUCUCUGGAGGUGCCAUUGAAUUUGGUCAAGCAAUGGUAAAAGCUGCAAAAAUGGCUAGUCAGUACAUGCCUCCCCAACCUCCUGCCUAUACUCCUCACCAGGGUCCCUAUUUUCCUGCUCCACCUCCAGCCUACAUGCCACCCGAAGGUGGCGUGAAUGGAUUCAUUCCUCCUACUGAUGUCUUUCCAAAUGCUCCUCCUGCUAACAGUGUUUAUACUAUGGAUAUGCCCCCUCCCUAUCCUGGCAUCUAUCCUCCUCCCUAUGCCUAUGCUCCUGGCUCAGGAAUGUAUCCGCAGGCUGCAUCUACAGGACUGUUCAAUCAUCCGGGGGCUCCUCCUCCUCCUGGAUUCAAUUCUGAUGGUGGAGCCACUGCACCUCCUCCUUACGGACACUAUCAGGGAUCUACUUCAGAUCAGGCUCCUCCACUAGAUUCAAAAUCUGGUUAUCCACCACCCAUGCAAACCUUCUAUCAGCAUCCCUAUAAUCCUCAAACAAUGUAUGGGCCUCCAACCAACAUCAAUAAUCAACAAAAUGGGCAAGAACCACCGCCUCCUUACGGGUUUGACAACCACAAGAAAGAACAGUAAAUAAGUGGAGAUAUCUAUGUUAUUUUGAAAAACUCUCGCCUAAGCUGUGUGUACACUAUUAUGGGUGCAUCAAACGUUUGUAGCUUUCUGUGUAUAAGAUGUUAAUAAAUUCUUUAUUGUUGUUCCUCAUGA